AAGUCGUGAAUGCAAUGACUGUUUGUGUGAUGACAAAUUGAAGAAAUCGCACGAUAAGAGUCGCCCUGUCUAAGACUUCGUUUGGUAUCGAACAACUCGAAGAGGUCCUUCCCAAUUCUGACGGCACUUCUGGUGUUAUCUAGCGUCAGUUUACACAGUCGAAUAAGUUUUGCAUGUUAUUGGCGCAGUCUGUGGGAUCGCGCUACAUGUGGAUUGGGCGGAGUAUACUCAGGUUCCAAUCGUCGGGCAUGCUUUCAUCCGACCAUAUUUUGCAAAGAAGCUGAUGCAUGCGCCUUGUAAGUUCUUCACCGCUCGGCCGGUAAUCUAUCGGUCCCUCCCCCUUUGUUGUUUUUUAAGCAGACGAUUGCUAUUCGAACCUCGUCAUAGUCGGGUGAUGAAACAACAAUUUUUUCAUCGUCAUCACUUGGAGUGUCACCUAGUAAUGGAUUAUUCUUAUCAACGUAUAAGUAUGCCGCUCUCAAGGCUUGUUAAGGAUUGCUUAAAGGGAUCAGACUAAUUUUGAGAUCGCAACUGAAUCACUGGUAACUACGCAGCUUAGUUUUUUGAACUACGAAUCCACCUCGAUAAACGAAAAAUCCAACAGACCGUUAACCGAAAAUAUGUUUAACAUUCUGAGUAAAUAUUUCUUGAUACAGUCGGAUAUUACCGAGUCGGAUAUCAAGAGACUGAAGAUACAUAUUGUCACCUUUUCCUGAAUAGUUGGACCUGACGUCAGCUCUUUGUUCGAAGAAUUAAACUGAAAGGGUAAUUUUUCAUUUGCCGAGGGUCGUUUUUCAAUUAUAAAGCACGUAACCGAUCAAAAAUAUACAAAUACGUGCUCACCCCUCCACUACAUAUGCAUGUACAUCCAUGGUAUGUUUUUCCUUCAACCAAUACAUACAAGCUUCCAACGUCGCUCGCUGCGAGUGUAGUGGUUAUUAAUCGUGGUGGUGACAGCCAAUAGCGUCACCACAGAGCCAUUGCCAUUGCGGUUGUUAUUACUAUUAACAAGUGCUUUUUUAUGCUACCAACAAUUGUUUGUUGUUAUUGUGUUGUUAUUUUUUGUAAUUUUUUUUUGUUGCAUUUUCUUUUGUUUCUGUUGUUCCAACAAUGAGUAUUAUCCGAUUUGGUUACGAAUAUUAAAGUUUUCUUAUGCCGCUGCUUGUACGCUCAUGAGGCGACUCCUAUCGAGCGAUCAGUUGAGUUUCAGCAGCGACAACGGGCGGACGCAAUUUUUCGAAUUGAUUGUUCAGUGAUCGUUAAAGUGAAUUUCUGUUGGUGAUUAAUAUUUUGCAGCGGUGUUGAAGCAGAGGCACAGACGAUAAAGCAAGACGCGAUUACACACCUAUGAACGCGUGGAUUAAGAUCUUGUGUAGGAUCAGUGCGUGCACGCAGCGCUGAGGGAAACGUCCACAGCACCACACCAAUAAUAACAAUAAUCCGCGCAGCGCUCGGCAAUAAACAAUAAGAAUAAAACACUCAUAAAGACUUUCAUAUUUACUAGUGAUGGGUUAUAUUUUUGUAGUUAUAAAAACUGUCAACGCCGUCUUACGAGUAAGCGCAAGACUCCUUGCUGCCAAUGUGAAUUUUAAUUACUAAGUGGUAAGAAGCACUCGGUGUGCGCGUACAAAGAAUAGAGAGAAAAGUCUGCGAGUUUCAUUUAGUUUUAAAGUGAGUUUCUCAUUUGGUGGAAGUGCUUGAAUAGACAACAAAAACCAGCAGCCACAUUACGCCUUGAACGCGCGAUCGUGCAGCGCGCAGCCGCACCGUAUAUUUAUAAAAUCUACAACAGCGCACCAAAAAUGUCCAAAAUCAGACUGAAAACAUUCAUAUUUCGUGCCCCGCCAAAUAUGAGUUGUUAUGUGCUUGUGCUCUUGAUCGCUAUCUGCGCCCACCCGCCUUAUUUGUCAUUGGCCAAAAGUGUGCAGAGCGACAUACAGACAGCGGCCGAGGUGCGUAGUUCACCACCACCACCACUAUCACCACCACCGCAACAGGUGGUCAAUGUUACACUCAGCCCUAGUGUUAUACUCACCAAACGCUUGGUUGCGCCAAACACAGAUGUGCGCCUGACGUGUCUGCUUAAGGGCGCUAUAAAGUGGUAUAGAGAUGAAGAGUUUCUUAGCGGUAAUCGUUUGUUGGUGUUGAGAGCGGUGCAGCCGAAAGAUGCUGGUGUAUAUAGCUGUCAGGCGGAGCAGGUGCCACUCGGUCCGAAGUACGUCAGUGUCGCGUUGAGCGUGUCGGAAUCGGCACCCCAAACAACAAUUCCGCCUAACGCCGCUGGUGUUGAAGAAGAUAUAGCUGACUUUAGUAAGGUAGAAGACGAAGCGGAGGCACAACUACGUUUGGAUCACAAUGAGUCCGACUCUGUGGAAGAUAUGGCUGAUGAGGUGCGUCAUUUAAGUGGCACGAAGAGCGCGAAUGAUACCGCUUUGAAGAUUGUGCAUCUACCAAAUCCUGGACCGCCACAGUUUCAACAAAGCUAUAAACUCAUCGAUAGCAUACAGCAACCAUUGGGCAGUUUCGUGCAACUGAGCUGUCCCGCUAUGGGAAAUCCCCUACCAGUUAUUACUUGGUGGCACAAUAAUACCCGCAUGGAUCUUACACCGUUGCGUUAUCGCUUGAAGAAGUGGUCGCUUUUUAUAGAGCAGCUUAAGGCAACGGAUACCGGCGUCUAUACAUGUAAAAUCAAUAAUAAACUCGGCUCCAUUGAACACAGUUUGCGCUUACGCAUUGUCGGUCAGUUGCGUUCCGAUAAGCCACUCAUCGUGCACAAACCAGCCAACCAAACGGUUGUGCUGAACGACAGCACGCGCUUUCAGUGCCAAGUUGUGUCACCCACUGCAGUGCAGAUGCGUUGGUUCAAGCACCCUCGUGGAGUUAAUGUCGACACUCUGGCGACUUUAAACUUAACAACUGAUUCAAAUGUGAUUGAGUUACCCACGUCUGCUGAAAAUCCAGACAUUUUAAAUAUAGCGCAAGCAAAAACGAACAAUGAAGGCUUCUAUACUUGUGUGGCCACGAAUGAGGUUGGCAAAGCUGCAGCCACAGCUUAUUUGACAGUGGUGGAGCCAAAAAGCACAGCUAUUCCAACUAAAGCCAAGACGUUUUUACUCGAAAAGCGUACGGCGCACUCGCCAGCAAGCGUAGCUGUAGGCUUGACACCGGAGAAGGACAAUGAGAAGCUUAUAACCGCUAUUGAUACGGAUAUGGAGAGUAAAGAUGCGGCUGACGCGAAUGACGAAACGGUGACAGUAGACGAAAGUCCGCCAGUCUUCAAAAAAGCACACAAGCUCAGUUCGAAUAUACAUCAACCAGCCGGCUCCACAAUACAAUUGCUUUGUACGGCCAGUGGCAAUCCAACGCCGAACGUCACAUGGACGCGUAGUACUGACAACAACAAUUUCACCGAAAUAAUGCGUCACAUUGGUAAAGUCUCCUAUAAAAAGUGGUCUAUGCAAAUGGUUGAUGUCAUCGCUGAAGACUCUGGUAUCUAUAAGUGCACGGUCUGCAACAAGCUGGGCUGCAUUGAGCACUCCACAAAGCUAAGUAUUAUGGAUCGUCUACGUUCCCGUCCCAUACACAGCGACAAGUUUCCACAAAAUCAAACCGUUCUGACCAACAGCAGCGCAUACUUUGAAUGCCGCGUCAUGUCGGACUUGGAGCCGCACAUAUUCUGGAUUAAAUAUAAUCAUCCAAAUGAGAGUAUUGAAAAGUUGGAGCGUCUUUAUUCGAAUAAAGCAAACGGCAAUUCAUCCGCACACAUACCGACAGCUGAGGAUUUCAUUAAGCUUCCUGGCGAUCCAGACAAACCGAACAUACUGCGCUUACAGAACGUAACACACGGAGACGAAGGCUGGUACACAUGUGUCGCGGGCAAUAAUCUAGGGCAAGCAUUAGCAAGUGCCUACCUGCAUGUAGUCGACAAACUACCGACUCGUGAAGUGUAUACGCUGUGGAUGACUAUGACCGCUGUUGUGGUAGCGUUGCUCUUCCUUUUCGGCUCCAUAUUCAUAAUAUACGUUUUACGUAAAUUGAAACAUGAAAAACUGCUGAAACAUCGCAUCGAGACUGUGCACCAAUGGACGAAGAAGGUGAUUAUCUAUAAGCCCUCCUCAUCGGCGGGCAGCUCCUGCGAUCUACAAAUGCCGGUAAUCAAAAUUGAAAAACAGCGUACCACCUUCCAAGCAUCGAACAUGGAUCCGUCCCAAGCAUUCAACGAAUAUGAAUUUCCGCUCGACUCCAAUUGGGAGAUACCGCGCACGCAGCUAAAUCUCGGCUCGACUUUGGGCGAAGGCGCUUUCGGACGCGUCGUUAUGGCCGAAGCGUGCAACUUGCCGCGUACCGCCAAUAAUAACUCAGCGAGCAUUGUCGCCGUGAAAAUGGUGAAAGAUGAGCACACCGAUGCGGAUAUGGCGAGUUUGGUGCGCGAAAUGGAAGUAAUGAAAAUGAUUGGCAAACAUAUAAACAUCAUCAACCUGCUGGGCUGCUGUACACAGAAUGGCCCACUGUGGGUUAUUGUCGAAUUUGCGCCGCAUGGUAAUCUUAAGGACUUUCUCAAAAAGAAUCGACCCAUGUUUGUGGGCAGCCCGAGCUUGCAGCGCAGCAGCGAUUGCUUGGAAGACACACCGCAGUUGACGGAGAAGAAUUUGGUGUCUUUUGCAUUUCAAAUUGCGCGUGGCAUGGAGUACCUCGCUUCGCGUCGGUGCAUUCAUCGCGAUUUGGCCGCUCGUAAUGUGCUCGUAAGCGAUGACUAUGUGAUGAAGAUAGCCGACUUUGGUCUGGCUCGCGAUAUACAAGAUACAGACUAUUACAGAAAGAAUACAAAUGGCCGUUUACCCAUCAAAUGGAUGGCGCCAGAGUCGCUGCAAGAGAAAUUUUACGAUUCCCAAUCGGACGUGUGGUCUUACGGUGUACUAUUGUGGGAGAUUAUGACCUUUGGCGAGCAACCGUAUCCGAAUAUAAUGUCUGCUGAGGAGCUCUACAGCUACCUAAUCACAGGGCAGCGCAUGGAGAAGCCGGCACGUUGUUCAUUGAAUAUAUAUAUGCUAAUGCGGCAGUGUUGGCACUUUGACGCCAACGUACGACCGACAUUUGGCGAAAUUGUUGAGAAUUUAGAUAAGAUACUACAGUUGGCAUCCAAUCAUGCCACCAAUGAGGAGUAUUUGGAUUUGUCAAUGCCCAUGUUGGAGACACCGCCGUCAUCAAGUGAUGACGAUUCCGAAGCGGAGACUUUUCAGGAGACGUCUCCAUUACGCUAUCAAUACACAUAUAAAUUUAAUUAACUAUGCGUACGUACAUAUACAUAUAUGUACUUAUAUGUAUGCAUGUAAGGCAUUUAUGAAUUAUACAUUAAGUAUAAAGCAAAGUAAGGCUUAUAAAAAUAUAUAAAAUAGUUAUAUACAUACAUACAUACAUAGAAGCGCAUGCACACAGCAUAUGCAUGAUUUUGCAAAUGAAAAAAUAUAUACAAAAUAAAAUAAUUUUAUCAUUAAGUACAAAUAUAAGUAAACGCGUAUGUAUGUAUGUAAAAAACAACACGAAAAGACUUAACCCAACGCACGUUCAUCGAUACAUUUAGGCUAUCGGUUUAACUGUAAGACAAAUAAUUCUUAAAUUACACACAUAAAUAUUGUUAGUUGAGAGUAACAUGUAUACAUAUAUACCGCU